GUAUUAUGUUGUUUUUUCCUGACGUCUGAAUUGCGUGUGGUGCACUACGUAGGGUGGUCGUGUUUUGUUAAGGGGAAAAGUGUUUAAUAGUGUCAUUAAAUUUUUCUUGUGUUUAUUUAUACUGGAAACAACAAUGUCAGACGAAAUGAGAGAGGCAAGAAGGCGGCGCAUACUGGAAAACUCAGAAAAACGACUUCAACGGAUUUUAGGAGUGGCUACAGAUCAUACCGAUACUACCACGAAAUCACCUGAGUUGCUGUCAUCUUCAUUCGCGUCUGGAGAAAAUGGAAAAGUAGGGUCAGAACCAUGCACAGUUUCAGAAGCAGUACCCAAAGAAGAGCACCAUAUUAGGCAAAGAUCUAAUAUGAAUGCAACUUUGGCAUCACCAACAUACCAAAUGAUGGGUAGUACAGAAACAAGCAAGACAUUUUUCGAAGUGGAUGGGGGUCUGCCUGAAAAUGGUCUAUUGACUAAAGAUCUACCUAAGAACACAGCUGGAUUAUUAGUAUUUCUUGCUAUUACUUCCAUAACUCUUCUCUAUACAAGUUUUGGAGUAUUCAUAGGCCACAACGUGCUUAUUCCAUUUGGGAUUUUUGAAGCAUAUUUACUACUAACAAAGACAGAAGACCAGAAGCCAUCUAAUAAUGUAUUUAACACAGUUCUCAUGUUAAGUGGAUUACCACAGAACAAGCUCUCCCAGCUAACCAGAGUCAUGCAAACAAUUCAGAUGUUAAUGCAAGAUCUCUGUGUCUACCUGUUUGCCUGUUUUGUAAGUUUUCAGAUAUAUACUGUUGUAAUAUAAA